AUACGUGGGAGAGAGUAGGAACGACUCCACGAGUCGUAUCGAGCCUUGACGUGUUGUUUUUUUUUUCAAUACGACUGAAGCCCACAGUACUAUCUAACUGAGUGCCUCAGUCCCUCGUAUGAUUUUAAUAAAGUGUUUUUGGACAGUGCCUGCAUAAGAACCUUCAACUCUCAUAAUACAAGCAAUUGAGUUAUUGUGAAGUGAUUUUGAGGUUUACUAAAAUGCCGGUGUUUCAUACGAAGACCAUCGAGAGCAUCCUCGAGCCAGUGGCACAGCAGGUCUCGAGGCUUGUGAUUCUCCAUGAAGAGGCCGAAGAUGGCAAUGCCAUGCCUGAUCUUGGCCGUCCUGUUCAGGCGGUCAGCAUGGCAGUGACAAAUCUCGUUAAAGUUGGAAAAGAAACAAUAAAUUCUUCAGAUGAUGCUCUACUUAAGCAGGACAUGCCCUCAGCCUUGCAACGGGUUGAAGGUGCAUCGAGACUCCUUGAAGAGGCCUCAGCAUUGCUGAAACAUGAUCCUUACUCUGGCCCAGCACGAAAAAAACUCAUUGAAGGCUCUCGUGGAAUUCUCCAGGGGACGAGCUCUCUCCUCCUCUGUUUCGACGAGAGUGAAGUGCGAAAAAUCAUUCGCGAAUGUAAACGAGUGCUGGAUUAUCUCGCUGUUACUGAAGUUAUAGAGACAAUGGAGGAUCUUGUUCACUUCCUGAAGAAUUUGAGCCCCUGUUUGAGCAAAGUAUCCCGAGAAGUGAGCGCCAGGGAGAAGGAAUUGACGCAUCAGGUGCAUCGCGAAAUUCUAGUUCGUUGUUUGGAUCAAGUUAAGACUCUGGCGCCAAUUCUCAUUUGCUCGAUGAAAAUAUUUAUUCAUAUCAUAUCGCAAGGGGGUAAAGGGGCCGAGGAAGCAGCGGAGAAUCGAAAUUAUUUGUCUGGGCGUAUGUCCGAUGAAUUGAAUGAAAUUAUUCGGGUGCUUCAAUUGACAACUUACGAUGAAGAGGAAUGGGAUGCUGAUCAAUUGACGGUCUUGAAGAAAGCUCAAAGUGCGAUUGAGUCUCGUGUAAGAGCAGCGCACGAUUGGCUAGACGAUGGAAGAGCUAUGCGUGGUGGUGUUGGUGAAAAGAGCCUGAGACAAAUUAUUGAACAAGCGGAGAGACUGGCGGAGCGCUAUUUACCCCCAGCUCAAGCAGAACCCUUGAGAAAACUCGCUGGAGAAAUAGCUACCAUGACAGACGCACUUUGUGAGCUUCGCCAAGAUGGAAAGGGUACUACACCACAAGCAGAGUCCCUCGCUCGUGGGAUAAAAGAUAAAUUGAACGAACUUCGAACGUCAGUGGCAUCUGCUUUGGUGGCGGCUGACAAGUCAGGUCUAGCCCAGACGGCUCACACAGUGGCUGGGCGUCUUGAACAGGCCAACAAAUGGCUCCUCAAUCCUCAGCACGAUGACAGAGGACUUGGACAACGAGCCAUUGCCAUGAUUAUUCAUGAAGGGAAAAAGGUUGCUGAGGGUCUGCCUGGCAUCCACAAAGCAGAAAUCCUGCAGCUCUGCGAUGAAGUGGAUACUUUAUCCCACCAAUUGGCGGAUCUCUGCGCCCAUGGCCAGGGAAAUACGCCACGAGCCCAAGAAAUUGCACGUCAAUUAUCUCAGAAGCUCUACGAACUGAAGAAUCGAAUUCAACAAGCAGUUGUCUCUCGAGUGGUUGAGGACUUCAUCGACAUCACGACUCCACUCAAACAAUUCACAGACGCUGUCCUAACCCCCGAGGGAACACCAGGCCGUGAGCAAAAUUUCAAUGACAAAACCCACGCCCUCCAAAGCUUCUCCAACAGAGCUGCCAAAACUGCCAGAAUGGUAGCAGCUGGUGGAAGUGGAGGUAAUAAAAAACUUGCUGAAGCUCUUCUCACAAGUGCAUCCCAGGUGGAGUCACUGACUCCUCAACUGGUGAAUGCUGGAAGAAUUAGGAUGAGUUAUCCUGAGAGCAAAGCUGCUCAUGAGCACUUUGAGAAUCUACGUCAGCAGUACGCAGAGACAAUGCAGAGGACUCGGGGACUCUGCGACGAGGCAACGAACAGCGCUGAUUUUAUCAGAACAUCUGAAGAACAGAUGCAGAAACACGCGUUCCUCUGUGAAGAGGCCAUUGCUAAACAACAUCCUCAGAAAAUGGUUGACAAUACUGCUGCUAUUGCCAGACUGGCGAAUAGAGUUAUUCUUGUAGCCAAGCAAGAGAGUGAUAACAGUGAAGAUCUGCCAUUUAUACAACGCGUCAAUCAAGCUACUGAUGUUCUCCAGCACUCUGUCACGCCUAUGGUUCAAGAUGCCAAAGCUGUAGCUAUGAAUAUCACGGAUGGACCUGCCAUUUCCAGGUGGAGAGAGAGCAAUCGAGCGUUGCUGAAUAGUGUGGGACAAGUUCGUAGAGCUGUCCAUACUGAUCAGAGAACUUCUCCAGAUUUAUCGCAGUUACGAAUUAAUGAUGAGGCAAAAGUGCCACCACCUAGGCACACCUUUUUCGCAGAUAAAGUGGGUGAACCACUGAGAAAUCAGCCGUCUCCCAGCAAUUUACGAGCGAUCAGUCCUACCCUGGGUGUUGGGAAACCACAGCACGGCUCUGUUAGUCCUCUCCCCAAAUGGGCACGUGGAGGAGAUAAUCCAGAUCUUCUGUACGAGGAACUAGCGUCUGACGAUGUUGACAAAUCGCCUCGCUCAGGAGAAAUGGCUCCGCCAAGGCCUCCACUUCCCGGUGGAGAAAUUGCACCCCCACGUCCUCCACCUCCAGAGACUGACGAUGAGGAUGAGAUGUUUAUGCAUGCACCGCAGCCCAACCAACCCAUCAUGAUGGCCGCUCACGGUCUGCACCAGGAGGUGCGCCAGUGGUCCAGCAAGGACAAUGAGAUUAUUGCAGCAGCAAAAAAAAUGGCAGUUCUCAUGGCAAGACUAUCCGGCCUUGUCAGGGGUGAAGGUGGCAAUAAGCGUGAUUUGAUCGCAUGUGCUAAGGCCAUUGCCGAAGCUUCACAGGAGGUCACUCGUCUUGCCAAAGAACUCGCUCGUGAAUGCACUGACAAGCGCAUCAGAACGAAUUUACUGCAAGUCUGUGAGAGAAUCCCAACGAUUGGAACUCAAUUGAAGAUCCUGUCAACAGUGAAAGCUACGAUGUUGGGUGCUCAAGGUACCGAGGAGGAUCAAGAGGCAACCGACAUGUUAGUUGGUAAUGCCCAGAAUUUAAUGCAGAGUGUGAAAGAAACGGUUCGCGCUGCUGAAUGUGCGAGUAUAAAAAUUCGCACAGCAUCGGGAAUGAAAUUACGCUGGGUAAGACGUCAGCCCUGGUACCAGUACUAAAUACAGCAUUAUCCGUCCUUCAUUCGCCGACACAAUCUCACUCAAUGCAGAACAGCACCUGCCACUUCCCACAAGUUGAAUUAUACAAUGACCCCUGCGAAACAUUAAUUGUAUUUCAUGGAAUCCACCCACUUCGAAGUUUUUGUUUGAGGAAUGAAAUUAUUAUUGCAAUUAUUAAUUCAUUAAUCAAUUAGCCGAGCCGAGAAUUUUCGCCGGCAAAACUCAACUUCUCUUUCUGUUGUCGAACCACUAACUUUCAGUUUUCAUUUCAAAUAUUAAAAUUUGAACGAAAAACGAACAGAAUAAUUUUCUUCGAGUGAGUGGUUUCCAAAUGAAACUUUACCCUAAAUCCACUUCAAUUAAACAUUAAGUUAUUAAUUGAUUAAUUGACAAGUAGAAAUUACUCUUCACUCAAUCAUUGGUCCACCGAUAAUUCCGUGGUAAAAAGACAAAAAAUAAAAGAGAAGAACGAGAAAAUUCAAUUAAUUUCUGAAAUCACAUAAUUAUGAUUUUUGAAUCGACGUUAAUCAUCGAAGUCUCGAUUUUUGUGACUUCGGUAAGACAGGGUUAACCUUCAUUAGUAAUUCUAAUUAUUUUAACAGCAUUAAAAAAAUCUAUGGCCUACUUGAUAAUCACUAUUCGUAUUUUAUUACAAUUGCACACCAGUAACUACAAAAAUUUAGACUGGCCUUACGACGAAUUACCGUUCAAGAAUAAUUCGUGAUUAAUCGAAACAUAAUGUGUACAACAUUUUUCGAUGAUAUUUUUCCACUGAUACACCACUGCAUCCUGCCUUAGACGAAUUUCAUCUAUUUUUGUAAGAAACCCCAUGUGUUGAUGAUUUUUAUUUCUAAUUGAUACGAUUUAAAGAAAAAUCUUUUUAUUUUUAAAUCCCUAGAUCUUCCAAACAAAGUUGGUGCUUAAUGGUAGUGCAAUAGGAAUAUUUCAUGAUGAUUCUGUUCAGAGUAAAAGGUUCGCCUAGUUUAUGACCGAUAUCAUGAAAUUUUUGAAUUUACUCAUUGGAUUGUUUAAUUAAUUUUGUAUUUAUUGUAGCCAACGAAAUGUUAUUCAUUUAUGUAACAAACAACGAUGAAUAUUGCCAUAAUAAAUUAGUUUCGUGAA